AUGGGUGUUCCAGUCGUUACCGUUAUGGCAGCUGUCUGUCUCACCCUCAUAUCCCACACCACCCAGUCGUGUACUAGAGGCUCCAUACGUGAGUGCAAAAAGGCCGAGUUUGCCCCAGGGUCCACACUGGCCGGCGAGGGCUUCGACAUCACCAAGAUGCAGCGCACGGGAGUCUCUGUCAUCGACAUGAGCCUGUGGAGAGGUGAGGACAACACCUGCCUCCUGUGCAGGAACCCGUAUCAAGAGGGCAAGAUGCAGAAAGUCCCACUGGCAGUGGUGGACUGGAGACCCAGUGAAGAAUGCAGUGUGAGGGUCAUCAGCACACAGCACCAGUCCAGCGAGUCCCUGAUGCGCUCCAGCACGUCCAGUGUGGAGAACAACUGGGAAGCUGCAGUAGGACUACAGGCCAACGUGGGGAGAGGCUCUUUGAUGCUGGCUGGGUCCAAGUCAAAACUAGCUGAUUACUCUUUGGAGAAAAUGUGGGACAAAUUCACAUUCUUCAGUCAAAAGGUGUUCUGUAGCCACUACAGCUACAGGGUCUCCAACCAGGCCGUACUCCACCCAGAAUUUCAGCGUGCAGUCAAUCUUCUCCCCAAGAAAUACACCACUGAGAACAAACAACAUUUCUUCAAGCUCAUCGACACCUUUGGCACUCAUUCCAUGACAAAAGUGACUCUUGGUGGGAUGGUGCAGUCGGUGACCAGCAUCAGGAGGUGCUUGGCCUCCCUACAGGGCCUGACCGUGGAUGAGAUCCAGAUGUGUCUGAAUGUGGAGGCUGAAGUCAGUGUUGGGAGGAGAUCCCAUCAGGCAGGAACAGAGCUGAAGCGUUGUCAGGCGGUGAAGAACAAGUUAGAGGCGAAGGAAAGCAUCUCUGCCACCAUUAAGGACAGGUUCACAGAGGUCGUUGGUGGCAACACCACAGAGCGUGACACUUUCCAAAAGUGGCUCUCCUCCGUGCCUGGCCACCCAGAGGUGAUGUCCUACUCACUGGAUCCCCUCCAUGAGCUGCUGCCCUCCAACCUUCCAGUGCGGAGAGAGCUGCGCAAAGCAAUUAGACAUUAUAUUCUAGAGAGGGGUCUCUGGCAACACUGCCCUGGGCCCUGCGUAUAUGGCAUCAAAAGAGACCCGGAGGAGCCUUGUGUCUGCAGUUGUGAUGGUGACCCUGGUUUAGGUGGUGACUGUUGUCCCACAAAACGUGGUCUUGCCCGGGUCAUCAUCACUGUAGUGGGGACUUCUGGUUUGUGGGGUGACUACACCACAGCUACUGAUGCCUAUGUGAAGGUGCUCAACUCUCAGAACAUGGAAAUUGGCAGAACCCCUGUGAUAUGGGACAACGACUCUCCUCAGUGGAACAUGGACUUUGACCUGGGUUACGUCAUCCUCUCCCAGACCAGCACAGUGAUUGAGGUGUGGGAUGAGGACAGCAAGUGGGAUGACGACCUGCUCGGAACCUGCACUAUCAACCUCAUGGACCUCGGAAGAGGGGGAUGGACCAUCUGUGGGAAGAUAAAGAUCCACUCUGAAAUUGCAGUGACCUGUGGCCCAAGCCUGAGUGGAUCGUCCUGCUCUGAGUACAUCAGCUCUCCCGUCGAUGGUCAACAUAUCCAACCCAUCCCAGAGGAGAUACUGAUGAAAAUGGGAGUGUUUGAGGAUGAUGAACUCCCCCCACAGUUAAAUGUAAAGAAUAAAGGGGUGCAUGGCAGAAUCCUGCCCGACUCUGGUCAGCACAAUCAACUCCGGCGUGAUUCUUCAUGA